UUUUGCUUUUGUUCCUCCUGGGUAUGCGUGCGCGGGGAUAGUCAUCUAAUCUGACCAUUGUCCCAGUCCUAUGAUCAUCAUCAUCAUCAUAUCCUCUCUUUUCACAUUUUUUUCAUUAUUAAUGAAGAAAGAAAACGGAAAGAGAAAAAGUUUUCUUCUCCCUUUUUCAAUUAGUGAUGCAAACAAUGGACGAGAAGAGAGAAAACCCCCCAUCCGGAUGACCAUUCUUGCUCAAACGGCGGCAAGAUUCUGUUUGAUGACCGUAGAAAUGUAUUGUGUACUAUUCUAAACUGCUAUUGUUCUAACACGAGGUGAAGUGUCAUUGGACGGUUUUUCUUCUCCCUCUCUCUCGUUUAUUACAACAUAAACUUGGAGAUUCUUGUUCCGCUUGUCUUCCCAAGAAACAUUACUAUGUAAAUUGGAAAAAAGUAUGAUGAUGCAAUCAGCGGAAAUGUAUGUGUAUGCAUAAAUCACUUUCUUUCUUUAUAUUUCGGAUUUUUAAUGUUAUUCAAUGACACCUUCGCAGUUUUUUGUUUCUCCCUGCCCAAUGAUCAAUCAUUUUUCUCUCGUUUUUUUUUUGAUUAAUAAGCAAAGUUUUUAAUGUCUAGACUCAAUUGUCAUCACAACUACAAUCUUUAUCGGAAAAAGCCAAAUAUGGUGCUGAAUUCCUCGCCAAACUGAAGCUGUAUCCAGACUAUAUCAAGAAAAAUGGUGAACUUUUCGAGCAAAACCUUCUCAAAGACAUCGAUCAUCUCAUCUAUACACUUGAAAAGAAAAAACAAGAAUUAGUAACGUUUAUUCACGAAGAAGUCGACCGAAAAAUUUCAUUGAUUCAUCAACAAUACUCGUCCUAUAAUGCACAUAUUCAACAGACGACAGGCUUCCUACAAUUUUCAAUCGAAGCGCUCAAAGAGUCAGAUCCAUAUGCUUAUCUUCAAGUAUGUCAUGGUUUUAAUAGUAAAUGCUCAUCAAUUUACGGGCAAUUCUCUGAUGAAUAUGAAUGCAAGGCUCAUACGUCAUACGAGUUCGAUUUUACAUUCAAUACAGACUGUCUUCUUCGAGAAAUUCAUCGUUUACAAUUUCAACAAAUCAAACCACCAUUAUCUCCUCGUUUUCUUGCCGAACAAUGUCUAUGUCAUGAUGAACAAUCGACGACGAUUUCAGGCACACUCGCCUGGUCUAUGCGUGAUCUCGGCGCUAUUCAAGGUUUUAUUCUUGAAUUAGACGAUGGCACAGUCGGUUCAGAAUUUCGGGAAGUGUACGAUGGUACUGAAACAAUGUGUGCAGUUGAUGGGCUUCUUCCAUCAAAUGUCUAUACAGCACGAGUCAAAGCUUACAAUCAAGCAGGUGAAAGUGCCUAUAGCGAAUGUAUAACGCUUCAUUCAUCUUCCGUUUAUUGGUUUACAUUUAAUCCACGAACAGCACAUCCGGAUAUACAAUUUUUAACCAAUCCAUCGUCGGAUCAUCAUUAUAAUUUAGAUUCAAUCACAUGUCUUAGUUCACAGGAACGUGUCGCCCUUGGUUCACGUGGCUUCCGUAAUGGUAUACAUUACUGGGAAAUCACCAUUCAACGUUAUGAUGACAAACCUGACCCAGCGUUUGGUAUUGCACGCUUCGAUGUACCUAAAGAACAUAUGCUCGGGAAAGAUUCCAAAUCAUGGUGUAUGUAUAUUGAUUCUCAACGUUCAUGGUUCAUGCACAACGGUCAGCACACGAAUCGCAUCAAUGGUGGAAUAUCAGUUGGCUCAGUCAUCGGAAUUUUACUCGAUUUAACCAAUGGAACGCUAAGUUUUUAUAUCAAUGAUGAAGUUCACGGUCCAGUCGCAUUUUCCAACUUAACUCAAGGUGGUGUUUAUUAUCCAGCAGUUAGUUUGAAUAAAAAUGUACAGUUGACUCUCGUCUCAGGUCUUGAUCCUCCUACUCCGCGACAUCAAGAAUUGUAA